AAAGUACAAAGUUAACACUUUAAAUGCAACUUUAAAGUGUUGCAUUAAUCACUUUUAUUGUGUGGGAUAUUCAAUAAAUACUUGGAUGAAAUGUAAGUUAUGAAAAGAAUGAAUUACGUAUGAAAUCACUGUUCCUGCAAUGUUGCUGUAAGGAUGGAGUGGCGACCUCGCACCACUAGGGGCGCCAGCGGCCGCGCUCCAUGUUACCGUGGACAGUGCGCAUGCUCACUGAGUGUUGUUGGAGUCAGCUGGUGGUUCUCAGUUCGGCUGAAACAUCAAUGGAAACGAAGCCACAACCGAGCGGAUAGACGUCUUUCACAGAAUCGACACGCUCGGAUGGAGCCGGAGGACCAGGAGGAGGAGGAGGAGAGGAGGAGGCGGCCGCCAUGCUGUGGUCCAUCCAGGAGGCUGAGGAGAGGCAGACCCAGCAGAUCGGAGCCUCGGCCUGCGGGGCCACGGCGGUGGUGGACGUCCUGAAGGCCCUCGGACUGGAUGUGACCCCGGAAGAAGCGGAGCGCUGCGUCCAGACCCGCCUGAGGAGGAUCGAGGCUCCGCUGCCAGACUACCUGCUCUCCCGCAGCGAAGCUGGUGCGACUCACGCCCAGCUGAUCCGAGGCGCCCGGGAGGCCAGCGGCGGGAAGGCCGUCGGCCGCUUCUUCCACCUUCAUCCGCGGCGGAGCGUCAGGUUGGUUCCGUGGCUCGCACGCUGGAUCAAGAAGGGCGCCGUUCCCGUGGCGACCAUGAACAUGCAGGUGGGCGUGGCCGACGGCGAGGAGGUUCCCGACGCCUGGCACCAUCAGCUCAUAUUUGGAGCGGCACAUGGAGCCGUGUUCACGACCAACCCUUUGGAUGUGGUCGGUGAGGUCGAAGUUCACCAGCGACUCUGCAGCGACUCGGUGCUGCUGGUCCGUCGGGACGACGUUCUGCAGAGGUUGACGUCUGGCGGUCUGCUCUCUGACCUCUCCCAGAUCCAGGGCGACCCGCGCUGGCGGCAGCUGGACGUGGAGGGUCAAGUGAGGCAGAUGCUGUUGGAGGAAGAGCUGGAGGACGGGCCCAGGACGGCUCACGUCAGGAUCCCCGCGGCGUACAGUUCAGGGGUCACGCUGUUUGCGCCGACGGGUUCAGACGUGGCUCAGCAGAUCCUGCAGGCUCCUGAACUUCCUUUGCUGUGACGACAGAAAAGCCGAGCGGAGAAACUGUGGAACGGAGAGCAGCUCUGUGACGAUUCUCCUCCAGUUGAUUUCUUUCAGAAGCAAUAAAAGCCUGAACUCCGUCCCAGAUACGAGAAAUAAAGAGUUUUUCAUCUUG